CUUCUGAAACUCUCCAGCCUCUUAAGAGAGAGUAAAAGCAAAGAGAGCAUGGAAUAGAAACUAUUUAAGGGAGAAGGCUCCUAGAAUCAUAGAAUCAGGGAGACAUGGCCAUUCUCAGACAGGCCUCAGUGAGUUCCCAAACUCCUGAAAGUCAGAAAGAAAGCCCACUUCUGUCAGGGUGGUGGCUUCUCGAAUAACCCUCCACAGCUUUCUCACGGAUUCUAAUACUCAGUCCUUCACUUUGUGUUCAGUGUGACUUUCUAUAGAACCGAGUUCAGUGCACUGCAGGCAAGUCCCACAGUCCCACACUAUGGACUAUCAUGUAUGUAUGUAUUUAUUUAUUUUCCAUUUCAGUUUUCUACAUACAAGAAAGAGCAAUCGUCUAUGAGAGAAGGAGAUUUGCUUAUGACUUAGAGCAACAACGGAGCCAGCUUGGAGAAACAGGUAGAAAUGAUUCACUUGGGUUUCCUCACCUGUAAGGGAAGCAAGGUGUACCUACCAAGUGUCACAAACUUGAUCCACCAGUGGACAUUACCCAAAUUGAUGUUCUUUCACUCCAUGAAGGGAAAAUGGAUUCCUAGUUUUGCCUUCACUUUCACGAAGCAGUCUGUCCCAAAGCUAAAUCAAGAGACCUAUGAAAACUAGAGGGUUGGACCCUUUUUUUUCCCCUCUGUUGUUAAAGGUCUGAAUGAGGUGAUAUGCAACUGGCUUAGAGCUGAAGAGCAGGUCAGUCAGGUUCUUUGGUGCUGGAUUACACAAACAACCAGCCAGCCAGCCUGCCCCACCUAAUUUUGUGCUUCUCUUGCACCCUUCUGCUUAAUGAAACUGUCACACUUCACUCAUCUGCUCUGCUCCUGUACAGCAGCCUCACUCCAAGCAGGACAACUGUGGUAUUUCGGUUCCCCUGGUAAACUCCUCCUAGUCCGGAAGAUUUUUCUUAAUAAAACCAGUACUGAAGAUGGCAACCAUACUGAUAUUAGCAAAAAUUGUGUUGGUUUCUGCUUUGUUUAUUUCUCUACCCAUUGGGAGCCAUGAGAAUCAAAAUCUAAGAACAAAUACAACUCGAAGUAUUGCAAACACUUUGGAAACAAUGGAAAUGAAAUAUGAUUCUUUGAAAAGAAAAGUAAAUGUAAAUUCAGAGAAUGCAAACAGAAAUAUUUUUAAUGCUAAGGCAGGUGCUGCCUUCCCUUCGGAUCUAUUCACAGCCAGUGAAACAACAAAUGCUACCAGGAACUCAACAGACAACUUCACUGUAGGUCCAGUGUCCCCACCUCCAUUUUCUUCAAGUCCUUCCUUGAUUCAUGGCUUUGUUUCUAAGUUGCCUUUGAAUUCAUCUAUAUCAACAAAAUAUUUUUCGACAGCCUCAGCCCAGAUAAAUUCCACAGAUGCCAUGUCAACAGAAAACUUCACUUGGUCUUUGAACAAUUCUACCAUGAAGACUGAUAACAUUUCUGCCACUGUUGGCUUUCUAUCCCCAACGCCAACUCCCAGUUCUGGGACCCCAUUGACAACAGAACCAACCAGAUGGCUUACCACAAGCAGUUAUGCUUUCGCUGGUUUUACCCCCUAUCAAGAAAAUGCAACCCUACAACCCACCUUAAAAUUCACCAAUAAUUCAAAACUCUUUCCAAACACAUCAGACUCCCCAAAAGAGAAUAAAAACACGGGAAUAGUAUUUGGAGCCAUUUUAGGGGCUAUUCUUUGUGUUUCGUUGCUUACUCUUAUUGGCUAUUUGUUAUAUGGAAAAAAGAAAACAGACUCCUUUUCCCACCAGCGACUUUAUGAGGACAGAAAUGAACCAGUUCUUCGAUUAGACAACUCGCCAGAACCUUAUGAUGUGAGCUUUGGAAAUUCUAGUUACUACACCUCAUCUGUGAAUGGUGCACCUGUGCCAGAAAGUCGAGAACAUGCGCACGACGGCAUUCCUAUGGAUGACAUCCCACCACUCCGUACCUCAGUCUGACACUAAGGGCAGAAGUAUUGCAGAGGCAAGUGCUUAUCUGCAUCCUAGCAAUGAACAAACUCUUCUUCCAUGAGGUUAUGAACAACCACUGUCAUGAACAAAGUCAAGGAGAGCUGCAAAUGCAUGAGACAAGUCUCGGAAUAUAGAGGAGAUAGAUUGUCAAAAAAUUUACCCUUCUUACAAUUCCCGGUUGAGCGAAAGCA